AUGACUCUUAUUGCUGCUAUGAAGAACAUGAACCCAUCCUCAUCCAUGGGAAUGUCCAAGUCAACAAUCGCCGGUGCCUCAUUUGGUUCUGCUAUGCAAUCAUCCAACCAGAAUGCUAGUCUCCUUGGUUGUCUCCCAUGUCUACCAGACCUCCACGUCAAUGUUGAUGUUGACAUCAAUGUCAACCUAGGUGGAUGCAGCCUCAUCAACGCAUGCAUCAAGGCCAACAUUUGUUAA